UUACGUCAGCUCGCCCUACCGGUCAGAUUACACGUUUGUAAACAACAACACAUAGGAACUGACUCAGCAGACUUGAGAGGAGGUCUCGCUGAGCAGCAGGGUUGACGAAAGAAGGCUAGGGUUGUUGAAGUUGUGUAAGCAACUUUAACUUCUACUAGUGGACAACCUACACUACCAGUGGAUGACAGAUAGUUUUCAGACAGCUGGGUUGUGAAGAAGGUUCUGUCCAACAACAAUGGCAGUGGACGCCCUCCCCAUCCCCCUGACCUGGAUCCUACUGGCCAUACUGCCUGUCCUGUUCUACAUAUAUGCAGUACGACCUCUUCAGCUGUUCAAAAAGAUAGGUGUACCUGGUCCUGCUCCUUGGCCAAUCAUAGGGAACCUGCUUGAUCACAUUAAAGAUGGAGUAUGGAAUAUCGAGGGCCAGGUGAAACGGACAGAGAAGUAUGGCAGUGUGUAUGGGAUGUUUGGUGGAGGACUCACCGGUGUCUUCAUAACCGACCCUGAGAUGCUACAAGAUGUGUUUGUGAAGAAAUUCCAUAGUUUUACCAACCGCCAGCCUAAGGACCUUUAUAUGAAAGUGAAACCUGUGGGUCGGAUGCUGACACAGCUGCUAGAUGAAGACUGGAAGAACGUUCGCAGCACCAUCAGCCCAGCGUUCAGUGGAGGCAAACUCAAACAGAUGGCAGGACCCAUGAACAGCUGUGCAGGUCUGCUGAUAGAGAACAUCGGCAAGUUUGCUGAGAAUGGUGAAUCCUUUGAGGUCAAAGAACUGACUGGUGCCUUCACUAUGGAUGUCAUCACCAGGACAGCCUUUGGGACUCAGAUUGACUCACAGAAGAACCCAAAAGAUCCUUUUGUUAUCUACUCAAAGAAGAUGCUUGACAGAUCAGUUACUAUUGUCACGCUCAUGUUCAUGUUCUUCCCGAAGCUGGUGGGUUCACUGAUGGAGAAGUUUGAGUACAGCGUGUUUCCUGCUGACGCCAAGCAGUUCUUCUACAAUGUGUUUGACCAGUUGAUGGAGUUGAGGCAGAAUGAGGGGCAAGAACGUGUGGAUUUCCUGCAGCUGAUGAUGAAUGCUCACAAGGAACACGACAAAGAACAAGCAGGCACAGGAGAUGUCAAGCUUCACGGACACAAGCAGGCACUGACUAAGGAUGAUGUUGUGGCCAAUGGGAUCCUGUUCUUCAUCGCUGGCUACGAGACGACGGCUACGACCAUGGCCUUCACGCUGUACAACCUCGCUCUGAACCAGGACAAACAGGACAAGGUCAGACUGGAGAUCAGCAAGGUCAUGGAGGACAGGGACUUUGUUAACUAUGAGGAUGUCCACAAGAUGCCGUACCUUGAAAUGUGCAUCUUGGAAACCCUCCGCAUGUACUCUCCUGCAUCUAUGACUCUCCGCACCAGCUCAGAAGAGGUGAAACUCAAGUGGCUCACGAUCCCUAAAAACAUGCUAGUUGCUGUUCCUGUCCUUGCCAUCCACUACGAUGCCGAACGCUGGCCUGAACCGUACAAGUUCAUCCCUGAGCGCUUCACUAAGGAGGAGAAGGAGAAGAGGGGAGCCUAUGAUUGGCUGCCGUUCGGCGCAGGUCCGAGGAACUGUAUCGGGAUGAGGCUUGCUCUGUUUGAACUGAAGCUGGGAUUGGCCAGGCUUCUCAACACCUACCGCGUCAAGACAGCACCAGACACUGAUAUUCCCCUGAAGAUGAAGAAGUUUAAGAAGUUUCCCAUCCCAGAGAACGGCAUCAGGCUGAGGGUGGAGCUAGCCGGACCUGUUACAGACUGAUACAGUGUUCCAGCCAGCAUCCAUUUUAUCCCAUCAUUUGAUGUAAUUUUGUUAUGCUCAGGCCACACCAAUUUGAUUAACUGGUUCUCUUCAUUUUUCCUGAUUUGCA